UAUGAGAAAAGCAAUAAAUAAUAUUUGCGAUAGCACCUGUAAACAGAAAGAAAAAAGAAACAAAAAUAAUGGAUCGAAAGAGAGACCGACACUCUCAAUACCGCCGUGCUCCUUACUCCUUCCCUAAACGGCGUCGUCCUCUUCCACCGCCGGCAUAUGAUGAGGCCAGCACCGUUGCAGCAGAGGACGAUCUUUUGCCGGAAACUUCCCCGGCUUCUUCCAAACUACCGACGACGGUGGUUAUUAUUGGGGUUCCGGCAGAGUGUUCUGUCUUAGACCUAAAGUCUCGGUUUGAGAUCUACGGCUCAAUCUCUCGCACCCGAAUGGACCCCACUGGGCUCGGAUACAUCACCUUCCGGUCCAAAGAUUCUGCAGAGUCCGCCAUGUCUGCUUCUGCUGACGCCACUUUCCCCAUUAUCCUUCAUUCCAAACCAGUGCAAGUAAUGUGGGCAAGUGAUCCAUUGCCAGAGCAGAAGGAAGGGGCGUCUAAGAGAGAAG